AAGCUUCCUGUUAGAAUAUUAGUCCCCCAACAGUUCAGGUGCAAAUGGCCCCUUCUAUAAAUGUCCUAUAUUCCCUGGAAGAGAGUCCCAAGAUCCAAAAAUCUUAAACCCUCCAUCCUACACUAACUCCAUAACCACUUGUUAAACUGUAUUAUCUUUCUAAUUCUAGCCUCAUUAACAUGUGGCAUGGGUAGCAACCCUGAGAUCACAACCUUGGAGGUCCUGCCCUUUAACUUGGCAUCCAAUUCCCUGAACUUCCUAUGCAGAGCCUCAUCAGUUGCCCUACCCCUGUCACUGGUACCUACAUUGACCAUGACUUCUAGCUGUUCCCCCUUCCACUUAAGAAUGCUGGGGACUCGAACUGAGAUAUCCUGGACCCUGCCACCCAGGAGUCGACAUACCAUCUUGGAAUCUUGUUCUCAUACACAAAACCUCCUGGCUGUUCCCCUAACUAACAAAUCCCCUAUCACCACAGUGUCCCUCUUCUUCCCCCUUCCCUUCUGAGUCACAGAGGCAGACUCAGUGCCAGAGACCAGACCACUGUGACUUUCCUCUGUUAGGACAACCCUCCUGUCAGUAUCCAAAGUGAUAUAGCUGUUGUUGAGGGGGUUGACCACAGGGGUAAACUCUGCACUGGCUCCUUAACCCCUUCCUGACUGUCACGCAUUCUCCUGUGUCCUGCACCUUGCGUGUAACUACCUCUUUACAUGUCCUGUCUAUCACCCACUCAGCCUCACAAAUGAUCCGGAGUUCACCCAGUUCCAUCUCCAAACUCCUUAAUGUGGAUUGUUAGAAGCUGCAGCUGAAUGCACUUUGUGCAGUUGUGUCAUCAGGGACACUGGAGCCUCGAAGAACUCAAGCCACAUGAUCACCACUCGGACUCUGUCUACUCAGAUGAUGGCCACUGCACUUGCCCCUGCCUUCCUUUAAUCUGCCCUUGCUAAUCAAUCCCAAACACCGAUUGGUCACUGGUCAAAGCUCCUUUUCGCUGUCGUGAACCGCUGCUGCAUUUUCUACUCGGGCAGUGGACCUGAGUGAAAUUCGCUCCCCUCAAACCUUCUGAUGUCUGGAUUGGUCACCGGUCAAAGCUCUUUUAUCAAGUUUGAUCAAGCCAGAGUUUUUCUCUUUGGAUGACAGAGCCAGACAAGGUGAUAGGAGACAUAGCCUGAGUGGAUAUUCCCAGAGUGGAAAUAGCUGAUACAAUGGGCAUAAUUUUAAGGUGAUUGGGGGUAAGUAUGGGGGGAUGUUAGAGGUAAGUUUUUUACACAGAGAAUGCUGAGGGUGCCCUGCUGGGGUGGAGGGGGCAGAAGAGGCACAUAUGUUAGGGGUAUUUAAGAAACUCUUAGAUGGGCACAUGGAUGAUAUAAAAAUGGAGGGCCUUGUAGGAGAGUAGAAUGAGAUUGAUUUUAAAGUAGGUUAAUUGUCAGCACAACAUUGUGGGCUGAAGGGCCUGUACUCUGCUAUAAUGCUCUGUGUUCUACCUUCUUAAACCAGGGAAUGCCUGGCAGCUGGCUCAUGGGGUCAUUAGUAAUGGCAGUGGGCCUGGUCUGGCUGAGAGAGGGGUGAAGUCAUACGCUGGGCUGACUGUGGGAGGUGUGAAUGCAAGGAAAUGGUCAGAGGAAGGACUAAGGAAUGCUGGAGUUGUGAGAUACCAGGAGUACAAGAUAAAUGAGGACACCGUAAGCAUAUUGCCAAUUGGGGAAUGUCUGUCAAGGACUGAGUCAGUGCCGAGAUCGGUACCCUUUCGUUCGAACAAUGUGGAGCUGCUGAAGUCAAUAUUGAGUCGAGAGAGCAGUAAGCUGCCUUGUCAGGCUUUGUUUGAAUGCUGUAGGAGCCCAAAAGAGGAACCAGUGGAGUGGAAUGCAGAGAUGAAGAGACAAAGAGCUGUAAUUUGGAUAGGUACAUGGAUGGGAGGGGUAUGGAAGGCAGAUCAAUGGGACUAGGCAGCUUGGCAGAUACUAGAUGGGCAGAAGGGCCUGUUUCUGUGACCCUAUGACUUCAGUGUCUCGGACAGAGGCAAAUUUGUUUGUCCACAAUCUCACCAGCAGGGAGACCAAUGGAACUGCAGGAAGCCUGGGAGUGCACGGUUCAAAGGUUCCAGCACCGCUUUCUCACUCGAUGCCUCCCCUGUCAAAUGCUACCCAUUCUCAGCAUCCCAGAAUGGAGCCGGGCGUUUUGAUCUUCUUGCUGUACGUGAUGAUCAUCCACGAGCUGGUGUGCGGCUGGAUCGAAUACAAGAGGCAAGCAGCCAAGCCCAAGAAGCCAGCCCGGCCUGUCUGGUGCCCACAUUUGUUGUCUUUUGCACGCAGUUUGGUGCUGUCUUUCGUAUGGUUAUUAUUCUGUUUGGAAUUUAUUGAGAAUGCCUGCAAAGAAAUGACUCUCAGGUACUCUUCUCGUACGCAUAGUGGCUCAAAGGAGUUUUUUCUAAGAAUGUACGUGAAGUGCGGAAGCCCAGUGCAUUCCAGACCUCCCAUCCAUUCCACUAAACAGGAGAAACUCAGGGACUGGAAGAAGUCUGGACGCAUCGUGAGAAAAGCAUAAACGGGACGGAGCAUCAGUUCCCAAAGCAGCCUGAGUUCCCUCAUCCCCCAGGAGCAACUUACACUGCUUGCGUAUAGACCACCUACCGCCUCCUGUGUUUGCUUUGUGAAGGAAGAAACAGCAUUGAAUUCUCAUCAUUUUGCACAAAUGUAUUCAUAGCUUUGCACAUGAAACACAAUUUAUUGUAAUAUUGAUUAUGAUUCUGUAAGUUGCAAUGAACAAGUAUGAUUUUUGUUAGUGUCAGAAACACAAAGUAAUACCACUGUGAUUAGCUGCAGUGACGGAAAGAGACACUAGUACCAUUUUCUGUCAGAUCUUCUGGCCUCUGCAUAUGAUGUUACUGUUGUGUAGAGAGACCCAAUGCUCCUGUAAAAGCAGUGGCUGGGUGGGGGUGGGGGAAGAAGAGACAAACACAGAACCAAUGUUUCAUCUAGAUCUUCACACAUCAGAGUGAAGCACUACAGUAGGACGCCAUCAAAGCACUGAACUCUUGUUUUAAGAGGUAACGAGUAACAAGGGCUCUUUCACUCUGAACACUGAAAUCACGCUUUUGCUUUGAAAUAGAGUAUUUUUUCAUUUGAUUUCUAAAAUAUUAUAAUCAUCACUAAGUGUUUGAACACAUGGAGAUUCAAAAAGACAGAAAAAAAAAAUCACUGUGUUCCAGAAGAAUUUAAAAAUAUCAAAUCUGAACAAGGAUCUAGUGCUUUCUUGGUGUAUGUGAUAAAUAAACUCUUCUCGGGCUUCCAGCCAGGUAAAGGUAUCGAUCAUAACCGAUGUUUUGAUGACAAACUCCGCCGUCUUCACCAGGGAUGAUGUGAUCAAGGUGGCAGAGCUUGUCAUUGAAACGUUGGUUAUAAUUGAUACCAGUACCCGGCUGGAAGCCCAUAAUGAGUUUAUUUGAAAUAUCAGAUUUGUAUGGCAUUUAUUGCAAUAACUAGUGUAAUAAAUUACAUGAAAUACUCGCGGCUGCUGAUAUCAAUCGUUCUGAGCUUGUUACGCAUGAGUGGGAACUAUACCCAUUCCAGAACAAUAUAAGGUGAGGUGUCAUGAACCCAUCCAAACAAACCUUUGUGACAAAGGAUCUAGUGCUUUGUGAUAUUACUUCAAUGUGAAUCUGGACAGUUUUGGUUUUACGUAAACUUACAUUUUUUGAUGCACUAAGUGAUGUACAAGCUAUUCCAUGUGUAUUUGAAAGGUAAACCCUUUUAGACCAUUUGUGUUUUAAUUACUAAAUGUACAAUCAUUUGAUAAAUAAAAGGCCAGUACAGUG